CCGAGAGCUCUGCGGGGGUGGGGGUGGAGCUGCAGCCGCCUGGAGCCGGGAGUGGGCAAAGCGGCGUGAGCAGCGGCCCCAGGCUCCAGGAGCAUCGCGCUCGGAGAAGAUUUCGCCGCUCGGGGCCGCAGCCUGUGUGAUCUCAUCGCCGCCCUGUCGUGACUUCAUCAAUGUCGUGUUGUGACCUGGCUGCGGCGGGACAGUUGGGCAAGGCGGGCAUCAUGGCCUCGGAUUGUGAGCCAGCUCUGAACCAGGCAGAGAGCCGAAACCCCACCCUGGAGCGCUACCUGGGAGCCCUCCGUGAGGCCAAGAAUGACAGUGAGCAGUUUGCAGCCCUGCUGCUAGUGACCAAGGCAGUCAAAGCAGGUGACAUCGAUGCCAAAACUCGGCGGCGGAUCUUCGAUGCCGUAGGCUUCACCUUCCCCAAUCGUCUCCUGACCACCAAGGAGGCACCAGAUGGCUGCCCCGACCAUGUUCUCCGAGCCCUGGGUGUGGCCCUGCUGGCCUGCUUCUGCAGUGACCCUGAACUGGCCUCCCAUCCCCAGGUCCUGAACAAGAUCCCCAUCCUUAGCACCUUCCUCACUGCCCGGGGGGACCCGGAUGAUGCUGCUCGCCGUUCCAUGAUUGACGACACCUACCAGUGCCUGACAGCUGUGGCAGGCACACCCCGUGGCCCCCGGCACCUCAUUGCUGGUGGCACCGUGUCUGCCCUGUGUCAGGCAUACCUGGGGCAUGGCUAUGGCUUUGACCAGGCCCUAGCACUCCUAGUGGGGCUGCUGGCUGCUGCUGAGACCCAGUGCUGGAAGGAGGCGGAGCCCGACCUCCUGGCUGUGUUGCGGGGCCUCAGUGAAGAUUUCCAGAAAGCUGAGGAUGCCAGCAAGUUUGAGCUCUGCCAGCUGCUGCCCCUCUUUCUGCCCCCGACAACCGUGCCCUCUGAAUGCCUCCGGGAUCUGCAGGCCGGGCUGGCACGCAUCCUGGGCAGCAAGCUGAGCUCCUGGCAGCGCAACCCUGCACUAAAGCUGGCAGCCCGCCUGGCGCACGCCUGCGGCUCCGACUGGAUCCCAGCGGGCAGCUCCGGGAGCAAGUUCCUGGCCCUGCUGGUGAAUCUGGCAUGUGUGGAGGUACGGCUGGCACUGGAGGAGACAGGCACAGAAGUAAAAGAGGAUGUGGUGACCGCCUGCUACGCCCUCAUGGAGUUGGGGAUCCAGGAAUGCACCCGCUGUGAGCAGUCACUGCUCAAGGAGCCACAGAAGGUGCAGCUCGUGAGCAUCAUGAAGGAGGCCAUCGGGGCUGUCAUCCACCAUCUGCAGCAGGUGGGGCCAGAGAAGCAGAAGGAGCCCUUUGUGUUUGCUUCGGUGCGGAUCCUGGGGGCCUGGCUGGCCGAGGAGACCUCAUCCCUGCGCAAGGAGGUCUGCCAGCUGCUGCCCUUCCUUGUGCGCUAUGCCAAGACCCUCUACGAGGAGGCCGAGGAGGCGAAUGACCUCUCCCAGCAGGUGGCCACCCUGGCCAUCUCCCCCACCACCCCAGGGCCCACCUGGCCAGGGGAUGCUCUCCGGCUCCUUCUGCCCGGCUGGUGCCACCUGACCGUUGAAGAUGGGCCCCGGGAGAUCCUGAUCAAGGAGGGAGCCCCCUCACUUCUGUGCAAGUAUUUCUUGCAGCAGUGGGAACUCACAUCCCCAGGCCAUGACACCUCAGUGCUGCCUGACAGUGUGGAGAUCGGCCUGCAGACCUGCUGUCAUAUCUUCCUCAACCUUGUGGUCACCGCACCAGGGCUGAUCAAGCGAGAUGCCUGCUUCACAUCUCUUAUGAACACCCUGAUGACGUCGCUGCCCUCACUAGUGCAGCAGCAAGGGAGGCUGCUUCUGGCUGCCAAUGUGGCCACCCUGGGCCUUCUCAUGGCCCGGCUCCUCAGUACCUCUCCAGCUCUUCAGGGAACACCAGCGUCCCGAGGUUUCUUCGCAGCUGCCAUCCUCUUCCUAUCACAGUCCCAUGUGGCACGGGCCACACCUGGCUCAGACCAGGCGGUGCUGGCCCUGUCCCCCGACUACGAGGGCGUCUGGGCCGACCUGCAGGAGCUCUGGUUCCUGGGUAUGCAGGCCUUCACAGGCUGUGUGCCCCUGCUGCCCUGGCUGGCCCCAGCCGCCCUGCGCUCCCGCUGGCCACAGGAGCUUCUCCAGCUGCUGGGCAGCGUCAGCCCCAACUCUGUCAAGCCCGAGAUGGUCGCCGCCUAUCAGGGCGUCCUGGUGGAGCUGGCACGGGCCAACCGGCUGUGCCGGGAGGCCAUGAGGCUACAGGCGGGUGAGGAGACAGCCAGCCACUACCGCAUGGCUGCCCUGGAGCAGUGCCUGUCAGAGCCCUGAGCAGGUGUCCACUGGGGACAGACCCAGGGGCGGGCAGCAAGGGAAGGAGGGAGGAGGCAUCUUCCCUGAAGCUCCCAAACUGGACCCCCCCUCCCUAGACUCCCCCCCCACACACACACAACAUCCCAGCUUUCUGGCUUUUCCGAGGGCAAGGGCACAGUGCCCAUCCCUCAAGUGUAAGGAACUGCGUCCCGCCCCCCGGGCCCCCAUGGGGGCAGGGAUUGGCUUGAAAAUCAACAUCGCUAUCGCUGCCAGGCCGGGGAAUGUUGGAGCAGCCCCCAGGGAGGGGGGCACUAGGUGUCAUUGUGCCCUGUGUCAGACUCCCCCACGGGAGGGAGGCCCCAGGAUGGGAUAGGGCUGGCAGGAGCUGGCUGCCUCAGCCCAUGUGCCCUGCCGGCCAGGGCGUGGGCUCCCCUAGGCUGUGGUGCCCCCUCUAGCCUCCCAGUCCACGUCCUUCCAAUUGGCCAUUUGGCCCUUGCCCUUAGCCCCUUGGCAGAGAGCAGACUCAGGCCAUUGACAUCGCAGUUCUUCCUAUCAACUUCAGUGACCCAGGGUCUGAACUGCCUCAUCCUUCCAGGGAGACCUGGGGCAGACAGGCCUGGUGUGUGGGUGGGGAAACCUUCCACCUGAGCUUCCUUGAGGGGACCCAGGAGUCCUUAGGCCCUGGCCUCCAAGCUUUUGUGUCAUGUUGCAGCAGAGUGACGAUGGGGGUUGGGGGGUUAUUUAUUUUGCCUGUCCUUAUCCCUGCUUGGACACCUGAGCAUCUGAUCCCUGUCCUCCUAGUGCCAUCUGGCUUGACUGGAGCCAGGAACAGGAGGGACACUUCUCCAGAAUCCGCAUGUUUCCCUAGUGAUUGCACCCCAUCACCAUCGUGGUGCCUGGCUUUAAUCCCCACCCCUGCUUAGGAUCCCUCUCUGCAGAGAGACGCGACUGGCGACUCCAGCAGGGACUACUUUUCUUAUGAUCCCGGGGGACCCCCCACACACAACCUGAUCCCUUGCUUCCAUUUCCCCCUUCCUUCCCCCAGUGCGUUCUGUGAUCGCCAAGUUCAAAGCUGUGCACAUGCGGACACUCAAUAAAUGUUCAUUGGUGACAA